AGGAGAUCGGAGGGUUAAAAUGCUGCCAAGGGCUUCUUGACUCCUCCCGCUCGGAGGAGGCGGGCCUCGGUGCACCUCAACAGUCGGAGGGCUCGCCCACUGCCUUCAGUCCGUCAGCAGCAACUCCGCCGCGGCGCCGAUCUUGACGCUUCCCCCUCCCCGCCCCGCCGGCCCCCCCUAACCGAAGCCUGCUUGUUUUCCUCCAGCUUGGCGUCCGUUUUUUUGCACGCCGGAGGGGGCCGAGGCGACCGCCCCGGAGAGCGAGCCCUCGAUCGGACGCGAUAUGAGCCCUCGCUCGGCGUAAAGGCGCGAGCAAGGAGGACGCGAGGACGGGGACGCGCCGCCAGGCCGAGCGAACGCCCGAGUUGAGUCGAGCCGAAGCAGAAGCCGAGCCGAAGCCCCGCCGCGGUCGGAGCCACCAUGCCCGGCUUCGACUACAAGUUCCUGGAGAAGCCCAAGAGACGCUUCCAGUGUCCGCUGUGCAGCAAGGCCAUGCGGGAGCCCGUCCAAGUGUCGACCUGCGGCCAUCGCUUCUGUGACACCUGCCUGCAGGAAUUCCUAAGCGAGGGCGUCUUCAAGUGUCCCGAAGACCAGCUGCCUUUGGACUACGCCAAGAUCUACCCGGACCCGGAGCUGGAGCAGCAGAUCUUGGCGCUGGCCAUCCGCUGCAUCCACAGCGAGGAGGGCUGCCGCUGGACGGGCCAAAUGAAGCAGCUGCAGGGCCACUUCUCCAGCUGCGCCUUCAACGUGAUCCCCUGCCCCAACCGCUGCUCGGUCAAGCUGACGCGCCGCGACCUCCCCGACCACCUGCAGCACGACUGCCCCAAGCGCAAAGUCAAGUGCGAGUUCUGCGGCAGCGAGUUCACCGGCGAGGCCUACGAGAACCACCAGGGCGUGUGUCCCCAGGAGAGCGUCUACUGCGAGAACAAAUGCGGGGCGCGGAUGAUGCGUCGGCUGCUGUCGCAGCACAGCAUGGCCGAGUGUCCCAAGCGCACGCAGCCGUGCAAGUACUGCGGCAAGGAGUUUGUCUUCGACACCAUCCAGAACCACCAGUACCACUGCCCUCGCUUUCCCGUCCAGUGCCCGAACCAGUGCGGCACGCCCAACAUCGCCCGCGAAGACCUGGCCAACCACGUCAAAGACAACUGCGGCAGCGCCCUGGUUCUCUGCCCCUUCAAAGACGCCGGCUGUAAACACCGAUGCCCCAAGCUGGCCGUCGGCCGGCACCUGGAGGACGGCGCCAAGUCGCACCUGACCAUGAUGUGCAACCUGGUGGGCCGGCAGCGUCAGGAGAUCCUGGAGCUGCGGCGGGAGAUGGAGGAGCUGUCGGUGAGCCACGACGGCGUCCUGAUCUGGAAGCUGAGCGACUACUCGCGCAAGCUGCAGGAGGCCAAGCUGCGCAGCAACCACGAGUUCUUCAGCCCGCCCUUCUACACGCACCGCUACGGCUACAAGCUGCAGGUGUCGGCCUUCCUCAACGGCAACGGCAGCGGCGAGGGCUCGCACCUCUCCGUCUACAUCCGCGUGCUGCCCGGCGAGUACGACAACCUGCUGGAGUGGCCCUUCGCCUACAAGGUCACCUUCUCCAUCCUGGACCAGAGCGACCCCUCGCUGUCCAAGCCGCAGCACAUCACCGAGACCUUCAACCCGGACCCCAACUGGAAGAACUUCCAGAAGCCCUGCGGCGCCCGCAACUCGCUGGACGAGAGCACCCUGGGCUUCGGCUACCCCAAGUUCAUCUCGCACGAGGAGAUCAAGAAGCGCAACUACGUGCGCGACAACUGCGUCUUUGUCAAGGCUUCCAUCGAGAUCCCGCAGAAGAUCAUGGCCUGAGCGGGAGGACCGCCGCCGCCGCCGCCAAACCCUUUAGAUACUUCCUACCUGACUGACUCCGAGGAGACCCAACCCCCGCGCCACCACCACAAAAACAAAAAAACAAAACAAAAAUCGCCUUGGAAAUCAAACAGUGCCUAGAAGUCGAUCGUUUCCGUCGUCAUCUCCGCUCGUAGGUUGACAGAUUGCGGACAGGAUGGGAGGGGGCAAAGGGCUUCAUUCUGCACUCAAGAGAUUGAACCUUGGACUUGGAACCCACCGCGCCGGUGCGAAGGCGCAGCUCCGUCGUUCACCCGCUAUGCAAACUUCCCCGGACCGAACCGCUUCCUUCGAAGGAACCCGCGCAUCGCGUCUUUUCUUGUCGAGAAGGUUGAACUUUCCCCAAAAUCGUUAAACAAAAAGCACCCACCAACUUGGUCUUGGUCUCCGGAUGACUCAGCAACAGCAAAUUUGGUGGACCCGCAAAAAAGUCUCCAAAAACCAGACCGUUUGCCCAUUUGGGUUUGAAGCGAGCAUUCGCAAAGUCGCGGCCACUGGAAUUCCUUUUGAAAAUUGGGCCCCUGGCGCCUUUUUGCCUGAGCAAGGUGAAAUUUGGUGGGCACGUCGAUCGUUGGUAGAUCCCCCCAAAUCUCAAUAGGCCAUGCUCGAAGCCUGCGAAAAGCCCGCCGAUUGGAUUUGAAGCUGUCAGGUUGAGGUUUGUUUUGGGCUUUUCCGACGCUCUUUCCAAAUUGAAAGGAUGGCUGCUGCUCAGUCGGGAAGAUUUGGACUUUUUGUCAUUGCGUGUGGCCCUAUCGUGGCCGGCACCCGAGUUUUUCAGACGUUUCACUAAACGGCUGGAAAUUGUUGCGGCAUGCAUAAGCCAAAACACACAAGUAGUUUUAUUUUGGUUUGAAACCGCCAAAAUGUGACAACCUUCCUGUUUACAUUCUUCUGACCAAUAAGCGAAAGGGGUGAUGUCAGGGGGCUGCUUUUGUUUUGUGACAAAGAAAACGUAGCGGGUGCGGGAGGACUGGAGCUAAGGAAGUGAAUUUGCGCAUCCUUAACGGGCCAGUCGCACCAGUUGUUGGGAUCCAAACAUGCAUUUCAAAGCGAAGGAAAAGCCAUGUGGCCUUUUGACAUCGACUGUCUGAGCUUGCUUGAGAGGGGGGGUCAAUGUCACACACGCGCAUGCUUCAUGUGCUCACGCCUGGACCAUAUUUUGUACUGUAAACUGUUCUCUUGAAGAGUCCCGCAACUAUUUUGCCCCUCAGCCCACGCUUACUUUGGGAGAGUUGGAAGAGCAGUUUUUUUAGGAUUAAUCUUGGUUGGGGGGUUUUGGGGGGGGGGGGGUUGUAAACAGAAAAUGUGAACGUUGCGUGCGGCUACGCUGUUCAACAAGACGACGUGUUGACAUUUGGCUGCGUGUUGAUUUACGUGCAUGGAGAUCGUCUCCCUCACAGCGCCACCGACUGGACGGAGGACUGUAAAAAUGAUGGACAUUCCACUUAUUGGAACGUGUGAAUAUGUCAUGUACAAAUACAGAAGCACAUUCUGUCCUUUGUCAUACUACGCGCACACAAACACACGCACACACACGCACACACUGAUUUCCUCUCAUAAUGCCAGCUGAUAUUUCCAGUGAUUUUAAAGAUGUUUUUCUACGAUUCUGUAUUUUUAAGAAGAAGAAAAAAAUCCUUUCUGACCGUUUGAUACUUUUUGGGUUUGAGAGUCGAGUCGAGGGUCGACUUGGGGAUUCUGUCUGUCUGUCCGUGCGUCUCACGUGUUUGAGCCUCACGUGUUCUGUCUGUAUUGUUUUCCCCCGUUCUGAAAAAAGAAGGAAAAGUAUUUAUUUUAAAGCGCCGCUGCCGCCAGUCGAUGCAGACGCCGCAGAGAACGUUUUAACGUGACGUUUGAUGAGUGCUUGUCAAUUUCAUAAUUGAAAUAAAAAUACCAUAUACUGUGUUUUAAA